UACAGUUUUAAAAAGACUUUCUCGCGCAUUCGACGAUUUUUUUUCAUUUUUUAAAGUCAUAAUUAUCUGAUUGCACUAAUUUACGAAUAGUUUCAUUUCCGGUUACUACCAGCGUGAUUGGCGUUCAGGUUGCUGUAUUGCUGCAUCUGCUGCUGGACGAGUGCUCGUUGUAUCGUUCCCUAAUUUACUAUGAUUUAGAGUGACUGAUGGCCUUUGCCCAAUAAACCAGUACAUUCCCUGAUUAUAAUUUGAUUGUUUUAGGCUGGAGCGAUGUCCGAUCCUGUAGAAUGCUGCGUGUUGUUGUGUCCUUCGUCGGAGCAGUCACGUUCCUUGCGCAGCGUGUGUUUCUUCGAUUUCCCGCAUCCGAACGAUCCGCGCUACCCCGUCUGGAUUGAGCGCACACUCCGUCCAAAAGACUGGACUCCUUCUCCAUCCAGCAAGAUCUGCAGCAGACACUUUCGCCCAGCAGAUAUCCUAACACUGCCGCUCGCUGAUGGAUCUGGACGAACGGAGAAGCGACUGAAAUACGAUGCGCUGCCGAGUGUUUUCGAAGGCAUUCCCGAUUCCAUGCGUCCACGAACAGUUGUUGUGCCGCGCGCUGACAGCCCCGAAAUUAUUCUGCCUAGUCAGUAUUCCAAGAAGCGUUCUGUCGAUAGUUUGGACGAAAUCGGUAGUGAUACUCCGAAAGAUCCAACUGAACACGCGAAUGCUUCGGUUGAAGAUGCCGAGGCACCAUCUGAUGCACAGUCGAAUGUUUCUCAUGCGAAUCUAAAAACGCUGCCGAAUAACUUUCAAACUGCAAAUGCCGCGGACCCUGUUAGUUCGUCAUCCACGAUUCCGAGUGCUAAAAAGGCCAGACAUCUUCCGCCUCCUGUUAUCAGCAUUUCAAAACCAAUCGCAAUUCGCCCCGCUUGUUUGUUAGCCCCGAAGAUUGUCGACGGACGACUCCGCGAAGGAGAUUUCUGCUGUGUCCCGGGAUGUGAAACUACCUCGAAAAAAGGGGAUUCAGUGGGCGGAACAUUUUUUGAGUUUCUCUCGCCAGGAGACAAACGGUACGGUGCAUGGUUGCGCAUGGUGAGGUACAACGCUUCCUGGAUUCCCGAGGACCAUACCCGAAUUUGUACCGAACACUUUCCUGCAUCGGCAAUCAAGCAUUUCAUUACGAAGUCGCGUUUACAUAGUACAGCUUUCCCCACGCAGCUUUCCUGCAUGGAGUCCUUGUGCACAUUCACACCGGCCGACAUGAUGGCGGGAAAAGAAGGCUGUGCUGUGUGUGGUCUGCGUCCCCUUGCUGCCAACCGCAGUCUGAAAGCCUCGGAGAAGCUGGAAUUUUACCGGGCCCCUUCGGGCGAAAUUAGGGAGAAAUGGAUUGAUUUCUGCAAAACGCAAAGGAAUGAUAUUGACUGGACGUCCAUCUCGGAGGAAACACCGUGGUUCCUCUGUGAAAAUCAUUUUGAUGCGCAGAACAAAGCGGAAUAUGCGGCGCAGACAGCGAUUCCUUCCCUUCCGUUUUUCAUGUACGCCAGUCCAAGAUAUUUUAAAUCUACUGCCGCUCCAACAAGAGAGCAAUCCGGAAAGCAAAUCCAUAAAAAGACGAGAACCGCUCCACUUCAGCAGCUUGUUUGCUGUGUACCGGGAUGUCAUGAUUAUGAAUGGAACGAAGCGCCACCGGAGCAAGUAGCGCAUUAUCGUUUUUAUGGCAAUGGAAUGAAACGGAAUGAAUGGGUAAAUCAUAUCCGUUGUGCCAUUUCAUGGAAACCUAAAUCACUCGAUACAGUAUGCAGUCGACAUUUCUGUCCGGAUGAUUUCCUGAAGAUAACUGCCGACCAACCGGAAAAAUCCAAAAGGUUGAGAUCAAAUGUAAUACCCUCUCAGCUGGAUUGUGUUGAGAAGUACCGCGCCCCAAGGAAUACAAAUGCGCUGAUGGAAAGGGAUGGUAUUCAGACGUGCUGUGUAUGUGGGUGUUGGCGGCCAUCGGACGAGACGGACCUUAUUCCAUCUGAGCGACUGAGCUUCUUUCCUUUUCCGGAUGACGAUAUUUUACGUGAUUCAUGGGUGAUCGCUUGCCGCCAGUGGAAUCCCAGUUUGAUCGUGUCGAGUGAAUCCGUUAUUUGUGAAAAUCACUUCGUGGGAGAGGAUUUGACAUUUCUGCGAGAGGACGGUAAAGAAUCCAGAGUAGUGCUGAAAAGGAGAGCUAUCCCAAGAUUCGCAGAGCUCCCUGUACCUGUUAAGUUAAAGAAAGCCGACUCUGGCGUUAAGAGCACUGUUGGCGUUCCAGGCGCGCAAGAUGGCGCUGUUGAUGUGACGGGAGUACCGGAUGGUGGUUUUGGUGGGUUUUCGUUAUUUGAGCCGUUUGUUGAUACGGCGGAUGAUUAUGAAAGUGAAGUUGGCGUUGACAUUGGCAUAUAUGAAGAAAGAGAUGUUGUGUCGCCGGAUGAUAGUACAUGCGAUUUCGAUGCAACGGAAGACGACGAUUCGCGCAUGGAAGUUGACAAAACAGAUGCACCCGUACUGGAAGUCACAAACUCAAUACAUGUUGCUUUGAGAAUGCCGAGAGUCGCCGAAAACGGCCUUCCGGGGGAUGAGGAUCGUCCUAACGUGGGCGCUGUUCAUGACAUUUCAUCAGCACUGCCGUUUACUACAGAGGAUCCAAUGGAAGAUACUUUUACGCCCCCGCGUUGUGGCCCGGAUGACGCUCUAAUUUACUGUGACUGCUGCCACAAGCUUCUUCCCACUCCGUGCUGGCUUCACGCAGUCAGCGUCUGCGAUGAACUAGUUGUUCCGUUUUCCGUCGGCAGUUUGCCCAAAAUGCUCUACUUGGAUGUCUGCGACGAUUCGAUAACAGGAAAAGCUGUGUUCACCAAGGAAGUGAUUGGCCCUAAUACCUUGUUUGGACCGUUAAUUGCACCGCUUACGCCGGGCGAUAGUGAGAAGGCGCGGUAUUUUUGCGUGACGGACGAGCACCGCAAAUAUUACGAAAUGGAGUCGGAUUACGCGUGCAACUGGAUGAAGCAUGUCCGGUUUGCCGACAGCCUGCAAAACAGCAAUUUGCUGGUGUUCUCGCGCGGAUCGGAAGUGGUCUUCGUCACCAUCAAAACAGUCGCUCCCCGCGAAGAACUGAAGGUGUGGUAUUCCAAGCAGUACUUGGAAAUGGUAGAACCGCAUGGAAAAGCUGAUGUUGAAGAUGUAAAACUGGAAAUGGAUGAAGUUGGUGGAAUCUCUUCGCCAUGCGAUGAUUAUACCGAAAGGGAACCCGCACUAGGAAGUGCACAAGCGACACUGAGUGGCUCAUCAGUUGAAGCUAUUUGCAUGUCACAUUUGCCGAUAGAAAGCGGAACAUUGUCGCCAGCGGCUGUAUCUGUAGAUGGUGAUUAUCGGCAGACGGACGAAUGUCGGUCGAAUACACCGCGCACCAGGAAAACGCGAAACGUUUCCACGAGCCAUAUCUGCUCGGAGUGCAAAGUUAGGUUUCGCAGUGAGAAUAUGUUGCGUUUGCACCAGUUCAGUCACACGGGCUACGAUGAUCUGUCUGAACAAGAGUGUCCUGAAUGUUCGAAACAUUUUGACGAUUUUCCCGCUUUACUGAAGCAUGUUGACGAACACGGAACAGCGCUGGUGCAAUGCCCGGUCUGCAAUGAGACCUGCAGUUUAACCUCCGUUCUUAACCAUCUCCACCGCUACCAUCGCGGAGUCAGUAUAAAAAAGAUAGAUCUGAGGCCUGUGAAUUGCGAUAAGUGUGGUUUGCGAUUUACCAAUAAUUUCCUCUGUCGUCUACACCAGCGGGGUCACCAGGACCAGGAGUGUAUCGACAGCAUAAUUAUCACACGAAGAUGUCCGGAAUGUGGUGAGAUGUUCGAAAGCCUGGAUAAAUUAGCAGAGCAUGUGAGCACGCACGGAUCACGCACGCAAAAGUGUCCGGUCUGCAACGGUUGUUACUCGUGGUUGAAGGAACAUAUCGCACACCAUCAUCCACAGUAUUUGGGCGAAAUGGGUUACCCGGAAUGUGGGAAGAAAUCCUCGCAAAAAUCUCACCUGCGGGGCCAUCAGCCCAUGGCAUCCUCUGAUAGUUCGACGUGUGAGGAGUGCGGUUUACAAUUUCCGAAAGAUAGUUUAUAUGUCCUGCACAAGAGCAGCCAUGAGGCUGCAUCGUGUCACGCUCUCGCCGGCGCGCAAAGAUGUCCCGAAUGCGAUAAAGAGUGUGACGGAAUGGAUAGAUUGCAUGAACAUAUUGUCACGCAUGCAGUAGCAGCGGAGAAAUGCCCCCAGUGCAUCCACUGGUUCCCCCGUCACCGUUUGCGCACCCACAUUAAGCGUCAACAUUCUGCGCGAGCGCCUGAUCCUGUUCUGCAAGAGGAAGAGUCGAAUGACGACACAGUUGCUGACGGUGCAUUCCGGGUGCGUUUCAGGAACACCACAUGUGCUCAGUGUGGUUUGCGUUUCAGCACUGAUUUCUUGUACCGCAUCCACGAGUAUGAGCAUGGAAGCAAAGAAUUAGCGGAAGACCUACGAAGCACAACUGCUUGCGCUGAAUGCGCGGAAGAAUUUGAAGAUUUCGACGCACUGGUGAAGCACGUCAGGAUUCACGGCCGGCAGACGGAGGAAUGCCCGGUUUGUAAGCGACGUUAUCAUCGAUUAAUCGGCCAUAUUUGGCGUCAUCAAAGGGUCGAUCCGGGAAAGAAGUGCGGGGACAAUCCGUAUCGGUGUGGAGAAUGCGGGAAGGAAUUCGCGUCAGCUGCCUCUUUGGCUUCUCAUGUCAAUAGUCACCUCUUUAAAGCCGCACUGAUCGCUCGUACAUGUGACGAGUGCGGUCUGCGAUUCAAAACCGAUAUCGUGUGCCGAUUGCAUAAGCUGCAGCACGGAAAUGCAGAAUCAACGGAGCCGAUGGGUGGCACCCGAGAAUGUCCUGAAUGUCAUCUGAACCUGGAAAAUGUGGAGGAUUGGACUGCACAUAUCAACCAGCACGGGAAAGCAACGAAAAAAUGCCCCAAGUGCGGGGACUGGUAUGCUGCUUUGGCUGCCCACAUCCGACAUGAUCAUCAGGAUGAUCGCCAUCAGAUGCUGGGAAUAACGGAACAUAACAACGAUAACGGUGGCCCAGAUGAAAACUAUGUAAAUGGGGCGUACAGAUGUCCCAAAUGCAGCAAAGUGUUCCCUUCGAAGCGUACUUUGGCGGGGCAUAUUCCGUAUCACCGAGCUCACGAAGGGAGAUACAGCAGUUUAACUUGCAGCGAGUGCGGUCUGAGAUUCAACAGCGAGCUGCUAUGCCGACUGCAUGAGGGCAUCACGGGAAUGCCGAAGUGUCAGAGGUCAUUCGUGACACCCGAGAAUGUCCGGGGUGAUGGAAUUUUCGAAGAACUGGAUGAAUUGGUGGCACAUGUUGCCGGACAUGGUAAACCGACCGAAAAGUGUCCGGUAUGCGGAGGAUGGUUCGGUGCGUUGAAAUAUCACACUAGACAGGUUCAUCCGGAUUAUUAUUAUAAAGUGCUUGGCCAAGAGGAAGCUGACAAUGGAAAUGAUCGCCCGGAUGCUGGAGACGUCUUGAACGAACCAUAUAAAUGUCCAAAAUGCGGCAAAGAGUUCACCUCACGAAGUGAUUCGAUGAUGCAUAUUGCGAGGCAUCGAGCUAGCGAAAGACUAUACGAGAAUCUGACAUGCAGCGAUUGCGGUCUGCGAUUUGACAGCGAAGCUCUGUGUAAUCUACAUCGGAUGCAGCAUACGGAAGAAUUGAGCGAUCAUCGAAUAGAUGUUAAUGACUGUCCGCAUUGCGGUGAAUCCUUCCAACAAGUCACGAAAUUGUUGGAGCAUGUGGCGUCGCAUGGAAAACGCACGGACAAGUGCCCGGUAUGCGGCCGAUGGUAUGCCGCGCUAAAGGAUCACAUCCGCCGUGAUCAUCAGGAGCGUUUCGCGGAGUUUGUCGCCCAAACAAAGGCACAACGGUAUAGCGACGCGUUGUAUCUGUACAACUCCGUGACAUGUAGUGAGUGCGGACUGCGAUUUGGAAAUGUGUUGCUGUGUCGGCUGCAUACACUGCAGCACAGCAGCGAUGGAUACAGCGAUGGAGAGUUGAACAACAUCAAAUCGUGUCCCGAAUGUGAAGAAGAAUUCCCUGAAUUAGAGCUGCUGGUCAGUCACGUUAGCGCGCAUGGCAAAGCGACCAGCAAAUGCUCGGUGUGCAGUCGAUGGUUCAGUUGUCUCCGAGUACACAUGUCGCACGAACAUCCGGAGUAUUUUCUGGAAAAAGAUGUGGCGCAAUUAAACUGUUCCAGCACAAAAGUCGUAUCCGAUGAAUCCAAUCGAAAAGAGCAUUCGAAGAAGAGCUACCGUUGUCCGAAAUGUGGGAGAGGUUUUGAGAAAUGCGGUGCUUUCAAGCAGCAUGUGCAGGUUCAUUGCACGAAAGCCUCAUCCGGCAGUGCCACUUGCGACAUGUGCGGUUUACGGUUUAUGAAUGAACAGCUGUGUGAGCUGCAUGAAAUCAGUCACGGAUUAUUUAGCAAAAAUCUGCAAAGCACGGGAAAAUGCCCGGAGUGUGGUGAGACUUUUCAGCAGCUGCAGGCGCUGGCGGAACAUGUUGGCACGCACGGAGUGCAGACGGAGAAAUGUCCAAUAUGCAACAAGUGGUUCGCUUCACUGCGUCGUCAUGCGCGACAAUGUUUUCAUCAUGCCGAUCACAAUGACCGCCCCGAAUCUUCUGAUCAUGCGUCCGCAUCUCAGAAGAAAACCGCUGUAUGUGUGCAAUGCGGGAAGGAUUUUCGUUCGCGUGCCGGUUUGCAGGCGCACAUGAAGACUGAUCACGCGGCACUGAAAUGCGUGAUUUGUGACGAAGUGUUUGGGAAUGAUGGUGAUCUGCUGCAGCAUCUCCUCGAUCACAGCCCCAAAAAAGAACUUAAAUGUGAAAUCUGCCAGAAAACAUUCCAGUCGCCGCGCAUCUUUGCUUCGCAUGUCAGAGAGCAUGAAAGUGGAAAAUUAUCUCAGUCCGUUGCGGAAGAACCCGCGCCUAAUGAGUGCUUGCUAUGCUGGAAGUCGUUUGCAGAUUCCCUGGAGCUGAAUCAGCACGUGAAGAAGCACAACGUUAACGGUGGCUUUGAAUGCGCAAUGUGUGACGCGAAGUUUCCCUUCUAUCGUUUAUUAUCCCGUCAUGUGAUGGAGGAGCAGCAUUUGCGUCCGAAAACCGGCAUCCCUUGCAGCGUAUGCCAUGAAAAGCUCCCCGACGAAAACGCUUUACAGCUGCAUUUAAUUACUCAUCGCGAUGCAGAGUUGGUUGUCAAGUGUGGUCAGUGCACGGAACGUUUCCCUUGCAACGACGAUCUCGACGUGCAUAUUGCAGCCACGCAUGCUUCAGCGGUUGUGGAGGGCUCCGUGAUGGAAGUAGAUGAGGAGAUGGGUCGGAAAUGUUGGCGGGAAAUGAUGGGAGAAUUGACAGACGGCAGCGCUGACUGAAUAGGCAGCAGAACUGUCACGUCCUCAGUUGUUGUUGAUGGGACGGUGAUUGGGACCUGUUAACGGCUUUCGUUUGAAAUCUGAUAAGUAUUGAUAUUUCAUUGUUAUCGGCUUGUGGUUUGGUAUUGUUGUUUAUUUUCUUUAUGAGGCGGGUACAUGAUUGACCAUUGCCAUGAUUGCAUAAACGGGUUAUUGAUGAGAACCUUUCUCCAGUUGGAGCUGCAUGUGUUUUUAAUCAGUUAGCGGCUCGUUUGGGAUAGGUUUGGGCGCGAAUUAAGGAUUCUUGU